UGGGUCUCUUCCAUUUCUUAUCGAUAAGACUGUGGAGGGGUUCCAUGGUGGGGCACCUAUGAUGAACAAGAAGCCGUCACGUAAGGAACGUCCCAGGUGGCCCGUGCAGAGGCGACCUCAUGGACUUAUCGGACUUCACUUUCACUGAGAUCUUCAAUGUCCCAGUUGUGGAGGCGAACUUGAACUUCUUACUUGUUUGAUGCAUUCUCUUCAUAUCAUCGUUUGUCGUUUAGACUUUCAGGCUAUAGAGACUCUAGACGUUUGAUUCAAGCCGUCAUCAUGGUCCUCCGAAAAGAUGAAUUAGAAGUACAACUCAAGGAAGAGCAUGAGUUGAUUGCAAAUGGCGUGCUCAGAGAGGACAACCCUCUAGAUCAAACGACCGAGUUUGAGGCUUUCCUGCUGGCGUGCAGAAGAGGCGACCUCAAGACAUGUCAGGAGCUGAUUUCGGCCGGCAUAAACAUCAACGGCAAAGACCGUUUUGAUUACACACCGUUGAUCGUUGCUAGUCUAUGUGGGCAUCUGGAACUCGUACAACUACUUUUGGAGUCUGGUGCAUUGGCCGAAAGGAACACGUUUCAGGGCGAACGAUGCAUUUACAACGCCCUCAACGACAGGAUACGAAAUCUCUUAUUGGAGUAUGAUUAUUCAAAAUCUACAGACCCGCUCCAGCCUUGGGCUGGACACAUCACCAGUCUACUCUCCAAGGCCGUUCCAAAAACAACCGACAUUAGCCUUAUUGCAGCAGCACAGUCCUUUGACAUGCACAAGUUUCUCCUGGCAGCACGGACACCGUACUUCAGGAAGAAGCUGGAUGGCGCACCCGAUACCGCAACAUGGAAGCUCCCAACCACGUACCCGCUCGAGUCUUUCCAAGUUGCCCUACGCUAUCUGUAUCUAGGAGAAGUACCCAAGGAUGUGGUCAACGCUCGCAGUACCGUGACGGAGGAAGAGGUUCUCACUGGUGUUGAUAAGCUCAGCAAGCAGCUCGAGAUCGAACAACUAUGGGAGGCUAUCCUUGUGGGUAAUGACCGAAGACUGGCGCGCCAGAGAUACGAGGACGAGGUGAGGCGUGCGCAGGUCCAGGUUGAUCGGUUCUACCGGGAGAAAGUCCUGGGCCACAAGAUGGUCGUGGAGACGAAGAGGGUCGGCGAGGUGAAAUGGCGUCACGACAACUCGAUCUUCGCGGAUUGCCUCCUUUGCGCGCACGAGCCGGAAACUGACGAAAUCGAGACUGAUGCGGAGGACUCUAAGAGUGUCGUACAUGCUGUAGGCAUUCCGCUAGGCCUUGCGACCAACGGCGAUAAACCCAAGAAACGACCUCGAACGUCGGUGGUUUACCCCGUUCACAAGGCGAUGCUCAUUCGCAGUCCGUACUUCGAGACGAUGUUCUCCAGCGAGUUCAGGGAGGCUCAAGACUCGGAAAACCUGCAUGUUGUCACUGUGGAUUGUAUGCCCGAGGUCCUCGAGAUCGUGCUCACGUUCCUGUACACCGAAAAGGUGGGCUGCCCCCUCGAGCUGGCUUUGGACUUGCUAUACACGGCCGACAUCCUGUUCCUCGACAAGCUGAAGACGAAAGCAGCACAGGCUAUCAGUACCCUGGGAAGCGGUACGAGCAACAUUUGGGCUGAUCGCACCCACAGGCCCGACGGAGAGGACCGUCCUGACGAAGAGAUGGAGCCCAUCAACAUCUACGACGUGAUUCACGCGGCGUGGGAUCUACGCGUCCAGCGCCUGGAAGAGUUUGCUGCGCGGUACCUGGCCAACCGCUUAGAGGAUUACAUUGACGAAGCCGAGUUUGCGGAGCUGAUCAAGGAGAGUGCGGAGAGGCUCAAGAAUCGUGAAGAGACGGAUACCAUUGAGUUGUUGGAUGAUAUCCGCUAUUACCUGGGCGAGCGCUUCCGACUGCGUUUCGAGGACGCCAAUCUCGAGGAAAUGAUGGACGAAGAGGGGGAAAUCAACGCCGAAAUGGCCGAAGCGAUUGCUGCGCAGAGCGAACAGCUGCAUGAGGAGAUGCGCGAGGCCGGUGCUAUCUCCCAGGAAACCGCUUCCGAUCCUCCUGCUGCUACAGCCGUUGAGAAUGGUGAAGACGGGGAGGGUGUCAAGACCCUGGGCGGUGAGGUGGCCGAGGACGAGUUCGCUUCAGAUGCGAUCAAUUACCAGAUCCUACUUGGAAAGAUCGAUACCAUGCUGGAUCGUCUGAAGCUAGAUGCAUAGAUUCCUCAGUGCAGUAGGAUACCACAGGAUCGGUAGUUUGAAACGCCCACAAUCCUAUUAUCAACAUUAAAUGCGUUGAAAUAACCAAGACUGCUGAACUUGCACUGUGAGGCUUUUCAGAAACGCU